UUAAAGAUGGCGCCUUCUCAUGCGCUGAGGUGCUGUAAACGGGUUAUAAACUGGGUACCUGCCGUCUUUAUUAAUCUGGUGGUCGGAUGGUCUUAUUACGCCUAUGUGGUGGAGCUGUGUGUGUACACAAUCACAAGUAAUGCAGAACGAAUUUGCUAUUUGAUCAUCUUUCAUAUUGCCCUCUUCCUGUUUAUAUGGGCGUACUGGAAAACCAUCUGGUCAAAACCAGCCAGCCCUUCAAAAGCAUUCGUUCUGCCCAGAGCAGAAAAGGAACUGUACGAACAAGAGGAGCGAGCCCAGGUACAGCAGGAGAUCCUCAAGAAAGUGGCCAAGAAUUUACCGAUUUACACACGCACAGCUGGAGGAGCCGUCCGAUACUGUGACAUCUGCCAGGUGAUCAAGCCUGACCGCUGCCAUCACUGCUCAACAUGUGAGAUGUGUGUGCUAAAAAUGGACCAUCACUGCCCCUGGGUCAAUAACUGUGUGGGGUUUUCAAACUACAAGUACUUUGUUCUGUUUCUGGCCUACGCGUCGCUCUACUGUUUAGUCAUUUGUGCAACGGUUGUCCAGUAUUUCAUCAAGUUCUGGACCAAACAGGAACCCAACACACACGCCAAAUUCCACAUCCUGUUCCUGUUUUUUGUGGCGGCCCUGUUCUUCAUCAGCGUGGUGUCGCUCCUCAGCUACCACCUGUGGCUGGUGGGGAAGAACAGAACCACCAUCGAGGCGUUCAGGGCCCCCGUCUUCGCAAACGGACCCGACAAGAACGGCUUUUCUCUGGGCUUCAGCCGGAAUGUAGCCGAGGUGUUUGGAGACCAGGCCAAGCACUGGUUCUUCCCUGUUUUCUCAGCUCUGGGAGACGGACACUCCUUUGUCACCAGAUUGGUGCACAUAGAUCCUGAACAAGCAAACAGCGUGCUCCAACAAAAUGGCAAAAGCCCUGCUGAUGGAGAGGCCAACUCCUGUGUGAUCGCUAACAACGUGCAACACACGGAGGAGCUCAGCAAAGAAAAGACUGACGGCGAACACACCGUCUCUGUAUCCGUGGAGAGCGAGCCAUAGAGGGUAAGAGGACACGUUUCCUUCCCCCGCCGCUUCGUCCCGCUCCCGUGUUAAUCCCUGCUCCGUCGGCGGCGGCAGGUCGCAGAAACACCCGCAGGCCACGUAUGACGCCUUAUACAAGCAGCGCCGCCGCAGGAGCCGUCCUCCACUCUCAUUCCACGCUCCGGGAAGAGCCUCCAACCAGCUGUUUCUGUUGCGCCGAGCGGUCCACCCAUCCUCCCUCCCAUGUCAUAUUGACAGAGGCUGUACAGCGGGCGUGCAGACCGCACCGGUCUGACGCCGAGGGGAUUUCGUCUUUGCUGCUUCGCCAAAGACUCUCAAACGUUUACUAUAAGGCUCCGUCGGCCAGUUUUCCGUCUGUAUUGUUUUUGUCAAGACACAAUAACCACUUUACACACUUGAGGAAAUUCAACCUUUUAUCAGUAUUAAUCGAAUGUUUAACGAUCGCAGCUGGAAGCGGGUUCUGUUUGUGGAGCUGAGGAAGUCAGAUUUACACGUUUAACACAAAAAGGUGAGACCCUUCCUCUGCUGUCGGCAUGUUUGAUCGGCUCUGAACUCCAAGCACAGUGCAAUUAUGAAGACCAGUAGUCACCUCUCACUUGGUCGCAAAUUUAGUUUACAUGUUUGAAUAUAUUUAUGGGAAAGUCUUUCUGUUUACACUUUUUACUGUAUUUAUUUGUUUUUGCAGUUACGUUUCUUUUCUAUACUGAGUAAAUGUGCAGAUUCAAGUUUAAAAUCUGAGGACCAAAUAUUUUUUUUAAUUUAAUCUCAUACCAAACAAAUACUUUAAGACAUGACUAAUCAAUGCUCUGUAGGGCUGAUAUGAUAAAAAAGAUUGCCAUUUUUUUCCUUAUUGCACUACAAAUAUUUACAACUUGCUUUAUUUUUCGCUUACAUACUUUAUCUUGCAAUUUAAACGCUUUGUUUGGCCUAUUAUUGUUUUGUCUUCAAUGCUUCAGGUCACUUCUGUUCCUUUAAUCUUCUCAAGGCACGGUGGAUUGGAGAGAGAUGUUUUUCUUAUCUGUUGGUGAAUUUAUUUAGUCCUGAUUUAACUGGUCUCAUCAUGAGGUUUUAUUGUGUUUGAAAGGCAAAGAGCACAAACGAAUUGACGCUUUAAAAAAA